UUUUUUUUUUGAACGAAAUUCCCUUGCUUGUCUUUACAAAGUACUGGCAACCACCAUUGGCAUUGGAAUUAAUGGAAUCUGCUGAACGAACAACAUUGGAUUGUUCUCCCGGUAAAAAGUUCAGUGACCGGGAUAAUAAAGUGACAAGUGUGGCUAGUUCUACAGACACGUCGGACGAGGAUGGAGAAAGCGAACUACCUCCAAAAGGAUUGACACGUUUCCGAGGGAACAGUCAAGAUGAAACGGCCAAACCGGUAACCACGGCACCUGAAGGUGAUACCAUCACUCGGUUCUCCACAGAAUCGCUUUACAGCUAUAGCUUCACCCCAAUGUCACGCAUGAUGAGAGCCGCCAAAAGCAAUCGGCAGUCAAUGGCUCGAGGAAUGGAUUGUGUGCACCGCAUAAAGUAUCGGCUGACGGAUCGUGAUAAAGGUCGUCGUUAUUCGCAACCAAGCGCGUUGGACAUGCGUCGGUGGAAAGACGCUUGGCAAACACAAGAGAUUCCCGAUGUUGUGAAUGAUCAAGGUCAAGGCAGAACACCAUUGCAUGAUUUCAUUACUGCAAUACAUACCAGCGAAUAUUCUCAGCACCGUUCCUCUUACCCUGCGGAAUCCACACCUGCCUCUCCGACAACGGCUUGGGAUCAGCAAGAAGCUAACGAAGCGGAUGGAUAUCUUGCAGCCCGCCAAGGCAGCCUUGCAACAGAGCUCUCCCGCAAUAUUACUUUACCACCCAUUGACGAGACAAAACCUGCUUCGAUACCAGUUUCAGAGUUAUCCCGAUUACAUCGAUCUGUUCAUGCUCCCACCCGAUUCUUACCCCAAAAUCAAGCCAUCUUUACUACCAAUGCGACAGGCAAUAUUUUACUUUUCAACGACAUUGCAUCGCUCUGUUUUGGCAUUGAAAAAUCAUAUGUCGGCAAAUCUAUCCUGGAAAUGAUCGAACCGCCUGUGCGGCAAUCUAUACGCGAUACAUUAAGCAGGAGCAGGGAUGCCAACAUCACAGCAACACGUGCUUGGAAAUCAACACAAGGACUUGUACUUAUAUGUGGUUCUGUGGUACCUAUCAUUAAGGCCAACGGCACACGAUCAGCAGCGUCUUUAUGGUUAAAAGUGAAAGAGUCCGGGGCGGAUGGUCCUGUAUGCAUAUGGGUCUUUGAAGAAAUAUACGAAAGUUCUUUAUCCGCGUAUGUGGAUGCCAAGGGCACCAUCAUUGCCAUAUCUGGAUUAAUCAGAGAGCUGUACGGAUAUACAAAAAAGGAUCUGGUCGGACAAUCCAUCCGCGUGCUUAUUCCAGGGUUAUCCGCUGGCGAUAUGGACAUGGAAAUGGAGAAUAUGGAUUUCGAGAUCAUCGAUCGGUAUCGUUUCUAUGGAAGCCAAUCCAAAUGGGGUGGCUGUUUCCCCGUAAUGAUUCACUCGCAGCAACAAAUGAACCAGACGUAUAUCCUGAAGAUCAUCUCGCUACCAACGAUUGCAGGAGUGGUUACGGUUCAUUUGGACGGCACGAUUCAGAGCACCAGUCCCGUACCGGCGAAAUACCUAUUUGGCUAUCAGCCGGAGGAGAUGAUUGAAAAGAUGAAUAUCAGCCAGCUUCUUCCCCAAAUGCCGACAUUAAUACAGGAGCUGAAAGGAACCCCAGCUUUCAUUGCGGAGGAUAUAAUCAAUAACCACACGUGCCGUCGCGUUCUUUCGCGUGCAUCCAAUCAACUACGAUCUGGAGAAUAUUCGCAUGGCUUAUGCUCUAUUCAGGCUGUCCACAGAGACAGGACAGUUUUUACGGUACAGCUUCAAUUACGGCGAAUCGAAAGCGACGGUGAAUCGUUGCUGAGUAUAUGGGUGACCUACGAUCGGCUGUAUGCGAGUUCUCGAAGUUCCAAGAACAAAAAUCGUGGUGAUUAUACUGCUACUCAAGAUCCUCUUCCCCAUCGAUCGCCUGAAACGGAUGCUUUGUCUGAGACAAAGCUCGAACAUCGUAGUAUUCCUACACCGUCAUCGAGCGCUCCGCCAGAGGAUGAGAUGAGUCUAGGUGGGCCGAAAAGACGACCCAUGUUGCGGCCGUAUGGUAUUACUUCCUACGGAAGUUCCACAAAUGCGCUGUUGCCAGAAACUCGAUUCAACAGCGAUUCUGCAUUACCGCAAAUGAAAACGGAAGAGAUUACACCGAGCAAAUCAAGAGAUCCUUUGGAAGAUUAUGUGAUUGUGGGGACACUUGGUGAAGGCGCUUACGGGACAGCUAAAUUGGCCUAUCUAAAAGAAAACCAAGGUCAGAAGAAAUGCGUCAUAAAGUAUAUUGCCAAAUCAAGGAUCAUUAUUGAUUCUUGGAUCAGGGAUCGCCAACGUGGAUCUAUUCCUUUGGAGAUUCACAUUAUGUUAACGCUGCAAAGACAUCCUCAUGUGAAUUGUUGCCGAUUAUUGAAAUAUCUUGAGGAUGAGGACUAUUAUUUCAUGAUCAUGGAAAUGCACGGCGAAGGGAUGGAUUUAUUCGAUUAUAUCGAGAUGAACGAGCAUAUCUCUGAGCGAGAAGUGAAAGCCAUUUUUCGACAGGUGGCUGACGCAGUACAUCAUUUACAUAAUCACAAUAUUGUGCACCGAGAUAUUAAGGAUGAGAAUAUUCUACUGGACGAAGAUGGCACUGUUCAUCUGAUUGAUUUUGGGUGCGCAGCUUAUUUCCGGCCAGGCCGCACUUUUGACACCUACGCGGGAACGCUAGAGUAUUCAGCACCUGAGAUUCUCAAAGGCAAUAAGUACGAAGGCCCACCACAAGAUGUCUGGAGUUUAGGAAUUCUGCUGUAUACGUUAAUAUUCCGCGAAACACCUUUUUAUUCUGUGGACGAAAUUCUAGAGCAUGACCUGAAGAUAUCAAGCAUGCCGUAUUCAGGGCCAAUGAAAUUAUUAUCGUCAAUGCUCAGUCGUGACCUAAAAAAGCGUCCAACGAUCGAAAUGGUGCUUCAGGAUGAAUGGCUGCGGUGAUAAACCCCACAUGGAUGCGAUAAAAAAAGCGCGCCAUCAUUUUUUUUUUUUUUUUUUUUUUAGCAGAACGGGGCGG